AUGGAACAAGCUAAGAGUGAUAAAGACUUCUCUCUAUCUACAGACAAUGAAAUACUUUCCAGUUUACCACUGCAGAUGUCCCUCUAUUUCAACGUUUAUUUCUUCCCAUUUUGGUGGCUCAGCACCGUUGUCACACUCCAUCUAAAGUAUCCAGUCUUGUCAGAUUACUAUAAGUUCAUCCUGGUCACAGUCAUGAUCCUAGCCUCUCUAAUAGAGGUCAUUCGACUCUACCUGGGAUACAUGGGCAAUCUGCAGGAGAAGGUUCCUGAGCUGGCUGGGUUUUGGCUCCUGACUCUCCUCCUGCAGUUGCCUAUAAUUCUCUUCCUCCUAUUUAAUGAAGGUCUGAAAAUUCAGCCACUGGAGCGAGCAGUCCAUAUUGUCUUUGCCCUCUUCCUUGCCUUCCAAGUCAUUGCAGCCUUUUUCACCCUGAAAAGAAUGGUGAACAAACUGGCAGUUCACUUCCGCCUUAAUAACCGCCUGGAGGAACAUCCUGUGCCUGAUUUUUACAGCCUGGGUAAAGAGGAGAGAGCAGUUUCAGUGGCUGGUAGGGGCCCUGGUGCUGGCUGGGGAUCACCCACUGCAGGCCUGAGAAGCUAA